AUGGCCGAAACGUUGUUUAUGUUUGGUGGUCUGAUGAGCUUGUCCCGAGCCGCGGUAAAUAUCUGCUAACCACAAGAGAAUUUAGCUAUUCUUAGACUUAUAAUAUGACUUUAAUACCGACCAAUAGUCAGUACACGAACGUACACACUGUGUGUGUGUGAACCGCGAGAAGAAUCCUUGUGAGAGCCAUUUUAUGAACCAAGAUCACUGUAACCGUUCAGUAAUUCCGUGCUAGAGUUCGACGCCAUCACAUCAACAGUCAUCACCGACACACUCGAAAGACAAAGCAUAAGACAGCACCCUGGCUUAAUUAUCGUGCCCAUUGGCAGUGUUGUGGCUCCAGGAGACUCCAAGUCAUAAGACAACUCCUGCAGUCAUCACGGGAGGCAUCUCCCGUCACGCAGGGUGCAGUCGCACCUCCACAGAUCUCUAGUAUCAGCUCUUGAUACUGGUAAUGGCUCAAAAGGGCCACCACUUACGGGCUAUUCAUGCCCGUGCCACCUUUUGGGUGGCUUAAUCUUCAUCAAUCUGCAGUCAUCAGGAGGCGUAUAUCACCUUUACACACCAAGCAUAAGACACCCAAGCUUAUUACCCCAAGUGGCAGUGUUGUGUCUCCAAGAAACGCCCCCUCCUUCACAAGAAGACAACUGUAGUGGGACAGCCAAAGGCUUGGGACCUGUGCAGAAAUAUCCCUGCAAAAAAGUAUAUUACAAUUACAAUCAUCGAGAGGAGAUACCCUUCACACUCCAAGUAUAAGACAACAGCUGGGCUUAAUUGUCCUUCCCAGUGGUAGUGUUGUAUCAUAACGAGACUACCCACAUUACAAGCAAGGCAUCUUUUGCAGUAAUCACAAGACGAUAUCUUUCACCCUAACUGCACAGAUCUGCACAAACAUUAUUUGUCUUAUAAGACAACACCCUGGCUUAAUUAUCCUACUCAAUGGUAGUGUUUUUGUCUGCAGGAGAUGACUCAUGUCACAAGACAACUCCUGCUGUCAUCGAGAGGAGAUAACCAUCACAUACCAAACAUAAGACACCAGCCAGGCUUAAUUAUCCUACCCAGUGGCAGUGUUGUUUCUUAACGAGACUACCCACAUUGCGAGGCAUCUCUUGCAGUAAUCACAAGAAGAUAUCUUUCAACUAACUGCACAGAUAAUAAAGAAAAUGAACCAUCACCAGUGUCCAGUUUGUUGGAAAACAUUCAGUCGUAUUGGAAGUAUGAAGAGGCACUUGAUGGUUCAUACGGGUGAUAAAUCUCAUGAAUGUCCUGAGUGUGGGAAAGCAUUCAGACAACUUCAACAUAUGAAAACUCAUAUGAUAGUGCAUACGGGAGAUAAACCUUACACAUGUUCAAUGUGUGGGAAAUCAUUCAGUCAUCUUGCAAGCAUGAAGAGGCACACGUCUGUGCAUACAAAUGACAAACCUCACGAGUGCCCAGAGUGUGGGAAAACAUUUAGACAGCUAGAACAUAUGAAGAAUCACAGGAUGGUGCAUACUGAUCUUAGACCUCAUGAGUGUCCAGUGUGUGGAAAUGCAUUCAGUCAUCUUGCAAGUAUGAAGAGGCAUAUGACUGUGCACACGGGUAACAAACCUCACGAGUGUCCAGAGUGUGGGAAAACAUUUAGACAGCUUGAACAUAUGAAGAAUCACAGGAUGGUGCAUACGGAUCUUAGGCCUCACGAGUGUCCAGAGUGUGGGAAAACAUUCAGUCAUCUUGCAAGUAUGAAGAGGCAUAUGAUGGUACAUACAAAUGAUAAACCUCACGAGUGUCCAGAGUGUGGGAAAACAUUUAGACAACUUGAACAUGUGAAAAAUCACAGGAUGGUGCAUACCGGUCUUAGACCACACGAGUGUCCAGAGUGUGAGAAAACAUUUAGUCAUCUUGCAAGUAUGAAAAGGCAUAUGACAGUGCAUACGGGUAUUAAACCUCACCAGUGCCCAGAGUGUAGGAAAUCAUUUAGACAACUUGAGCAUAUGAAGAAGCACAGGAUGGUGCACACUGAUCUUAGACCUCACGAGUGUCCAGAGUGUGGGAAAUCAUUCAGUCAUCUUGCAAGUAUGAAAAGACACAUGAUGGUGCAUACUGAUGAUAAACCUCAUGAAUGUCCUGAGUGUGGGAAAACAUUUAGACAGCUUGAACAUAUGAAGAAUCACAGGAUGGUUCAUACAGGUCUUAAACCUCAUCAGUGUCCAGAGUGUGGGAAAACAUUCAGUCAUCUUGCAAGUAUGAAGAGGCACAUGAUUUUGCAUACAGGUAAUAAAUCUCAUGAGUGUCAAAGAGUGUGGGAAAAUAUUCAAACAACUUCAACAUAUGAAAACUCACAGGAUGGUGUGUACGGGCCUUAAAAUACACAGGUAUCUAGAGUAUGGGAAAACAUUAAACAUUCAGUCAUCUUGGAUGUAUGAAAGUACGCAGGACAGUGCAAAACCGUUCGAGUGUUCUGAGUGUGGAAAAAGAUUCAAACAAUUUAUUGGUAUCUUAAGACAUGUAGCCACAUACAGGGGUGUAAACCUUCUGAAUGUUUUGAGGGUAGGCAAAGGUUUAUGUGGUGUGUAACUGGGAACUGUUACAUGACAGUGCAUAGCCUAUAGAUGAUAAACCCUACCAGUGUUUGAAAUGUGGAAAAAAUAAGUUAAUGUAAAUAUCAUGUUUGAAAAAACACAGAAAAGGACAAAGAAAUGGCAAACCACAUGAAUUUCUCCAAGCAUAGUGCAUGGUUGAAGUCGUAAUAAGCAAAUUAUCUUAAAGCACAAGAUAGUGUGUAUUAAAGCUCUGUGGAAAGUUAUUUGUUUUAGUAUUACAGUAUUGUAUGAGAUAUAUACAUAUCAGAACAUAUAUUUCCAAUGCAGCUUACUAAACUAACGCAUUGUUCAGUCAUCUUGAAAGUGGAACUUUCUGCAAAUAUACAUUUUCCUGACUAUUAAGUGAAUAGUACCAAAUUCUACUAUCUAAUUGUCCAUUACAUCAAUAUAUAUAUAUGAUGGCCCACAUAGUUACAAAAAGUACUAUCUAAACAGGAGGAUGGAUUGAAAUAUAUUAUUUUUCUCUCGUUUCGAGUGAGAAAUCUUCUUAACCAUGAAUAAAUGUCAUAUGAUAAUGUCGCCAGUCUCUGGAUGUUUUAUUUAAGAUAGGCAUAGAUGGUAUAUUAGCCUAAUUCCAUCAUAUAUUAUUAUAGUUGCUAUAUAUGUCACACUAGUAAGCAUUGUACAUUGUGCAGUCAUGAAGAGAAGACCUUCACAUACCAUGAAGAAGAAGUAAUUACAUUAUUUGAAUAUGACAUAUAUUAACCUGGUGUGUCUGUAAUUUAUAAAGCCUAAGCCAGGGGAGCAAGUAGCCUGGGUUCAGGCCUAGUAGGCUAUUUAUGUUUUUUUUUUAAAUAAAUUAAAAUUAAUUUGACUGUAGGUUUUAGGUGUAAUUUGAAGUGAUUUAACUUUAUAUGUUCACAUUGACAGCAACAGAAUUAUAGUUGACAUAACCAAAAUAUAAUUAAAGUAUAAAAACUGUAGGCAUUCCCUCUAAAUCCGAUACUACAUAUAUUGCUUUGCCUUGCUUAUUCACUUGUCUAUAUCCAUAUCUCUCCUACAGUAUCUGUGCCUGGAGACCUUCGACUCAAAACUACUAUUACACAUAAUUACUUAACAUUAAUGAAGAAUUAGAACAAUAACACUACAAUUUUAGACAGCAUUCAGCCCCCUUUAAUCUUGAACAAGCUAAAUAUAAUGGCAGUAAAACAAACACACACACACACACACACACACACACACACACACACACACACACACACACACACACACACACACACACACACACACAACACAUGUGUGUUGUUAUUUUUACUAUUUGAGUCUAGAGAAUCGAGUUAUUAGCACUUGGACCUCACCUUUCUAACCAAUCACUUUUCCUCUAUAAUGUGUACUACAUCUAAUUCUAUUCUUAGUGCAUUCCAUUUGGCCUCCACCACGAGAAGGUGGUGGAGGCCAAAACCGUCAGUAAUUUCAAAGUAUUAUACUGUUUGUCAAAGAGUACCGGGAAGACGGAACACCACAAGCAUAGCUCUCAUCCUGUAAUUACACUUGGGUAAUCACACACACACACACACACACACACACACACACACACACACACACACACACACACACACACACACACACACACACACACACACACACACCCCAACCACCACCCCACCAAUUACCCCCCUCCCUAACCUACCUACCUAUCUCCACAGACCUGGGGAUGUGUACGUGUGUUAGAGAGAAAUGUAUGUAGUAGAUAUAGAGAAAAAUACAUUGGUUAAAAAGGUCUCUCUCCUCUGUCUCUGUCUCUCUCUCUCUCUCUCUCUCUCUCUCUCUCUCUCUCUCUCUCUCUCUCUCUCUCUCUCUC